CACGCCACCGUAAUACCCAAGAUCUGAAGGCCGGCCCUGUGCCGCAAAACCACGCGUUUUGUUACCGAAUGAUCCUUCUUCGAUAACCGUCUACCCUGCAACCCGGCGAAGGGCAUUGGGGAGGUGAAUACGCGAGAAGAGGUUCAUAAACGAUCCUGGCCUCACGUUGUCAAGAUGUCGUUCUCCGUCGCCGUUCAAUCCGCCGUUUUCUACUACCUGGCGUGCACCCCAUGUGCUAAAGUUCGGCAUCGCCACAAAGCCCGACAGCAGGCCAAAAAAGAGCGUGAAGAAAAGUCGCAAAUCGAAACACGGCAGCCGGGGCUGUACCAACAUCCCUCACCGUUCAACACAAAUCCGUACUGGGACGAGGAGAUCAUGAUGGGACCGAGCCUGCCAAAGAAGGGGAGGGGAGGUGACGUGGCAAGCAAGAACACCAGCCAAAGAGGAUUGACGAGUGCCGGCCAGGAUAGCGGCAUAACUACGAGGAGUAGUCUAGCCACCAGCCACGGAGGGCCACCUGCAGACACCAUCACUGCGGACACCACUGCGGACACCACCCUGGAUGCGAUACCAAAUGCGAUACCAAGCUCAGCAAUCAUACACGGGCUGGGAAGCGCCCCCACGGUAGUACCCGAAGAAGAUGCCGAUGCCGCGAGCACAGCACUGAGCAAAACGGCGUCUGUCUCAACAGGCGACGAUUGGAACCGCAAACGGUACCAGCGCGAGGACGAGGAGCUGUGGGGGCACGAGUUAUCUAGGACAGGUCACAAGCUCAUGGAUGCCAUCAAGCAGGCCGGCACAUCUGCGGGUCGCUUUGUGGAGGCCAAGUUGGGCAAGGAAAAGCCUGUGACGGAUACAGACCGAUAUAACUUCUACUACCCGCCAAAGAACCCUCCGGUCAACGACUAUCACCCACCAGUCGUGAGCAGCAAACCCUCGCACAUAGACGGCCACCGCUGGAUGUUGCAACCACCACCGCCGGCGAAGGUUAUGGAGGGGAAGGUGCCCGUCAGUAGGAGUGCUAGCACGGCGAGCAUGGUGAGCAAGAGAACCAUGGCCUCGGGCGACGGUGCGCUUGCCCGGUUGGUCGGGGAGCGGGCUGUCGAGGCUAAGAUGCGCAUGGGCGAGACUCCAGCCGAGACUAGGGAUCGCUCUAGCUCGUCGGCAAGCAGGCCGCACACCCGGAGGUCGGUGGCCACGCCCAGGCCGAAGAGCCAGCGCACUAUGAGGAGCCGCAGCCUCAGUCUAUCUGCCGAGUCGGACGAGGACCCAGAGAAAGCCGAACAGAAGCAUAAAUCAAGAACACGACGACCAGUCGCGGCACCUACCUUCGAGUCGGACGACGAGGGGGAGAGGAUAUCGAAGGGCCGAAAAUCAUCGGGCAACUCUAUGCCUGCGACCCACGCGGCUCAACGACCGCGACUUUCGACGAUUCUGAACUCCGACACAACCGAACAGUCUGAAGUGGCCCUGCGAAACGAUGAGGGCCAUGCCGAGCCAGCGGUCCAAGAAGUUACGAAUGCAAGCCCAGGCGAACCGUCCGGCCUGACUCAAGAACAGCUCUCUGCGGAUAGGAGCCUUGCAUCACGGGCCUGAACCCGAGCCUGCAGGCUUUGCGGCGAUUCGACUCAACGGCGCGUGUGCUCUACCGGUGAUAUUUCUUUCCUGGCCUCGGCCCCUGCUGUACUCACAUCGCAUUUGGUAUACGGGAUGGCAUUCAUAUCUUUGGCUUGGUCUGCUUGGGUUUUCGGAAGGCGUCUGGCUGCAUCGCAUGGGUAAAACAGGGAAAAUUAAAAUGGGACAAGGGAAUGACCUUGCAAACACGGCGUUGAUUUUGGGAAUUGCAUUACC